GUCGAUUCAGUUUGCUCUCAAGUCUCGAUUUGUGCUUUAUGUUUGUCAUAUCUCUGGUGACCUCCCACCGUUAGCUUGAUCGAUUUGAGAAAUUGAACUUGUCAAAAUCACAUCCGAUUUUGUUGGCAAGAUGGAGGACCAGAGAAAACCAAUUACAAAUAAUAUGCAACUGGCGAAGAAGUUGCCCAUGUGGAAAGUUGAUCCACAAAUACAAACACUUGUUGAAGCCACGUGCUUCAAACAUUUUCUGCGGUUUCACGAAGGAAACUCUGUCAACCAAAAUUUGUCACUCCUCACUGCCUUGGCAUACUUCUACGAUAGAGAUGAGAGUGUAUUUUCCUUCGGGGAUAAGAAGUCAUUUUUUGUUGACUUUAGUCUCGAAGAUGUUUUAUACAUAACUGGCCUUUCGAUUGACGGGGACCCGGUGACUGGAGUUGAGAAUGUCUCUGCUCAUGCAAUUGCACACGAAUUAAAUAUACAUGAAACAGAGGUGGACGAAUUAUAUUUCAAGAGAAAGAAAGCAAAGACAAAUGUCCGCCUGGAUCUCAAUAAGCUGCGAACAAGAUUUGAAAAAGUUCCCGAGGAGUGUCUUGACUGUGAUGCUUAUCUAAAGGCUUACCUGCUGUAUUUGUUAGGCACUGUCAUAAUGCCUAACAAUACCGAAGGGGUUUCUCCUAUCUAUUUACCUCUCCUGGGUAGAAACACAGUUAACAAGUACGCUUGGGGCGCCGCGAUGGUGGGAUUUCUAAAAAAUUCAUUGAAAGACACCAAGGCUCUUCUUGAUGAGGGGAAAACCGGAAGCAUAUCUGGGUUUGUUUAUGCUAUCAUGGUGUUUGCUUUAGAAAGGUUUGCAUGCGUCCGUGAGGAACUCUCAUUGCGUUCAGUUUCCGACAACAUUAGUCACAAAGAACUUGAACCCAAAAGUGAGCACCAAGGAGUCAAAGAGUUAAGGAGCAAAGACAAGGAACAAAGAUCUGAUCAAGAAGAACCUUUGCUCAUUUCAAAUGGUCUUAUGACCCGAGCAAAGUCCAACAAACUUAAGGAAGCUGUUAGAGACAUACUUAAACAAGGAAUGCUAUCGGAUCAAGAGGGAAAAGAGUUGGUUACAACUACACUAGUUGUGAUUCAAGUUCAAGAGGGGUAAUGGGCUUGUGAUCUGACUAUAUAUGUACUCUUUUUUUCUAUCUCAAGUUUUGUCCCAGAUGGGUUUUCUUGAAAUAGGUUUUUAAUGAGGCAUAGUUUGGAUCACCAUCAUCUAAACCUAAUCAGUCGAGCCCAAGACGUGUGAAGAAGCGGAGCGUAUGAGGAGAGUUUGAAUCCAAGCUUAGCCAGCUUUCAAGUGAUGGUUCCUAGAU